AUGGCGGUAUCACAAGCAUUAACAGGAUGCAAUCGCAAUUUAUGGCUGCUCGUCAGUGAGCAAAGUCAGGCUAUCAUUGAUCAGAAACAAGAGCUGAAUGCGUACAAGGCUCGAUUGCUACUUGGUGUGAAGUAUAUCAAUAUAUCGAGCGUAAAUGCCAAAAGUAUCAACUACAAGAAAGAGAAUAAAGAUUUACAAGCUCUCGUCAAAACUGUCAGCUCCUUAUUGAGUUGUAGUGAAAGGAAUAGCUUAAUCCUAACCUUAAGCUACAUUUUAAACGCUUAUGAUGGAAAAAGAAGUAAUAUUAAGGCAAUUCUUGAAGAUGAAACUAAGAGAGAUGAAUUCGCUGUCAAUCAAUUCUAUCGAAAUUUUUGCCUUGAACUGAAAGCUGGAAAUGUAGAGAAGCAGCUCGUAGAACAAUUCUCAUUCCUGUCUAAAGCCGACGUCCCAACACUAGAAGCAAACGGGAAGCUGAUGAAUGUAUUACUGGACGUUAUGGCCUAUCACUUUGAUGCAGAGUGCCCUUCCGAUGUCACAGUUAAGCAGUUUAUCGAUGCUUUAAAGGUUACAAAAUUUGGAACGCAUUUGCCAUAUCGAUUUUUCAUAGAUUAUAAUAACGAUGCCUGCUUUCGGCAAGACAAAAUAUGGCUCGUUGGACCUUUAGGGGAUGUGAAUAUGUCCAAGGAACUAGAAAACAUGUUUCAAGAAUUGGGAAAUCAGAUUCCAGUCUGCCCGAUCAUACUUGCUUGGGUUACGAAGUGUUGUGUUGACGAUAACGAUCCAACUCCCCAAAAUACCAUCGAGCUCUAUAACAAAAGAGCACAAAAAGCUGACGUUUUUGGCUUCCUUGGAAAUAUCGUUAAAAGUGACUGGUUUAUUGAGGAUUUCGUAUGGAAAUCAAUUGUGUAUGAUUUAGUCUCUUCGUCUGCUAUGGUCUUCAAUAAUGAUACUUUUGGUGAUACGGAGGGAAGGAGAAAUACUAUGGCCUUACUACUGUUUUCACUACGGAACCGAUUCCCGUUCGAUCACGAGCUGUUUUUUGAUAUGCUAUCCAAGAUUGCAAAAACUAGUGGUAAUAACGCCAAUGAGGUAUACGCCAUACUGGAACAUGCAACUACGUAUGCCGAGGUCCUUUCUGAUACGCGCUCAGGGCAGAUUCAGUGUAUUUCUGAUGAUGGCACGAUUUGGAAACUAUUAGAAGAUAAGUUCAUCUACCCUCAAGGUGAACCAGCGAUUUCUUGGACAGUUGAAUACUCAACAUGGAAGCUUUUUAUUCUUGAGAUAGAUAUAUGCUUGAGCCAGUUACAAGAUCCAAGUAUCGCUAUUAGCAAGUUACCCAUAAUCGACUAUGUUAAGAAGAUUAUCAAGCUCGUACGAUCUAUUCUAGAUAGUAACUGGGAAUUAAUUGGUGCUUUAUCAUCAUUUAUUUCACGGGCUUACAUAUUCCUUGAACGUUGCCAUUACUUUAAGCCUUGGCCAGCAUCUGAUUUAAUCACGGAGUGUAUAAGUUGCAUUGUUACCACAAUAAAGCACGAGCCGCUACAGGCUUUUGAGGAUUUAAUUCAUACAAGAUUUUUGCCUUACUCUACAAGUGAUAUUUAUAAUGAUCCGUUUAGUCUUGAUGGUGGAAGUAUUGGUUCAAUAAUACUAGCAUAUGAAAAGCGAGCGAGAUAUUAUUCAAUGACUUUAAACUUCUUAACCCUUGUUCGAGAUUCUUUGUUAUCAAUUCACGAUCAGUAUAAGACACUGGGAAAUAGCAAUCUAAAAGAUCACACAUUCAAUUUCCAAACCGAUUUAUUAGCCACAAUUAAUUUUGUAGUAAUUCAUAUUUUUACGGAUUUACAUCGUUGGAAUUUCAGCGAUCCGAGGGAGCAAGAACAAAUUGGUUUGUUAUGCCUGGAAAUUAUUGAAAUUGCUCUCCACUCUGAUCUUGAAAUGAAAUCAUCAAUUUUUAAUAAUUUAACGACUUUAAGUAGUUAUUUUCUUCAAACUGUACGAAAAUGCGAUAAUUGUCUAGUUAAACUGAUCCCUAAAUCUUCGAACUUAACCAGGGAAGGUAGCAACGAAAAAGAAAUGGACACUUGCAUAUUUCCAGGAGCAGAGCAUGACAGAUUGUUAUUAUCAACGUCUUCAUACUUGUUUUGCCGCUGGAACCCGCGACUCUUAACAAUUGCUCUGAAUUUAUUUAAGAAUCUUUGUCUGAACGUUCCGAUGUCUAUUUACGCAAAUUUGGGACAUGAUGCUGAAACUUUAAGAGAUCUUCUCAUCUCUCAUUUACGAAUGAAAGACACGGAAACGAUAAAAAGUAAUGGAAUACGUUGCGUUCGGUUUAAUGAUAUGAGUUGCUUAAGUUUCGUAACGCAGUUGCUGCGUGAUCAUUCUGAAACCUCGCAAUCGUCUGGUAGCAGCGAACCUUCGGCAUCGUACCAGUUGUUGUGCUCAUCCGUGGAACUCCUAUAUUACGUAUGGAAGGAUCAUCGGGUGCUCGCUUUGGAUUCUUUGAGGGCCGUCCCGAAUUUUUGGAAGUAUUUAGCCGCAUUAUUGAAGAAGUUACCUACACAAUCAAAUGAAGAAAUUGGUUGCCAUAUUAAAGCAUCUGCGUAUACGUUGCAAAUCAUGGCAAUAGAAUUAUCGCUUUUACCCAGUUCUAAAUUAUCUGGAAUGGAUACCUCUAUUAGAAGUAUCUUCGUUGACGCCUUUAAGAAAAGCACGGAAUUGAUAGCAGGCAACUUACUUACAAACACGACUAUAGAGUGUGAAGGCGAAUUAGAGUUGACGUUAAAUGAUUUCGAAGUUGAUAAGGCGUCUCAGUUGCAAACGUUAUUGAAAUGUUGGAGGACAUUCACUAUUAUAAUUUCGAAGGUUGACGGAAUUGAAAUCAACGAUAGUGCAAAACUAGAUACCUUGAAUAAAAUAAUUGAAUGCCUAGAUUAUCAGUUAACUAGAGAAUCCAGCAGCUCAUACCUAUCGAUUGUGUACGAACUUUCAUGUUUACUGGAUAUUUUGAUAAACUUGUGGUCUAGUCAUUUAGGGAAAUCAACAGAGUUGUUUAUUGAGAAGUUGGCUUCAGUCUUACUGCAUGCAAUAAAAGCAGAUGUUAGCCUGCCAGACGUUAUUAAGCCACAGAUAUUCACUGCUCUAAUAAAGUUAUUUCAAGCUGUACGAAAUAGCAAAAAUAGUCAACUAAGAGAUGUGACAUUUUUGGACUUAACGAAUAUUGUAUGUGAAACAAUCCAGCGUCACAAUUUUCCUCCAUUCUAUAAAAAUGAAGAAAAGGCAAUGAUUUCAGAAAUCGUUAAAGAUCAUAUUAAAAAUACAAGAAGCAAUCUACAAAUCCUUACUUCUAAAGAAUUCAAAGAAAGUGUUGAUAAAGCAAAGACGAAGAAAAGCAAACGGGAUGAUGGCGCAGAACUGAUUGAAGCAGCACUUUGUCUUUUCAUUCAAAUGACGAAGAAAACCCCGACGGCUGCAGAAUCCUUAGUUUUAAAUGGCGUUAGCAAGUAUCUAUGUUUAGAUUUUCCACAAAACUAUACUUUACCAAUAAUCGAUUCAUGGUCUUCCAAGAAAGAUGCCAGCGUGUAUGCUAGUGAAACUAAAGUGAAAAAGAAACCCAACAACAAAUCAGAAUGGCGCCGCACGUGGAGAUUAGGAAUAUCUCUGAUGAGUAUACUCCUUGGAAUAUCACGCCAUAGCUUCCUAGCAGAUGCUUUUAAUUUCGUUGGCGUUCACUAUGAGAGAAUGGAGAAGGUUUUGGCUAGCGUACGCUACAAUCAAUCAUUAGAAUGCCUGGAAGAAGCUGAAGAAAUAAUGAACUUUCUCUUUCAACUAGCUCAUUUCGAAAAUAAAUGGCAAUUUGAUUUACCGAUUGUUUUCAACAGAAUGCAGAUUUCUAUCAUGUCAUUGUGUCGAAGCUGUACAAUCUUACUGAGUAGAUCGCAAUUGCUACAUCAUAUGGUUAAGCAUAGUUCACCCGAAAAGAAACCUGGAACAUCUAUUCACCAUAUACCAAUUUCCACAAAUUUAAAGACUGUCUCUUUCUCGAAAGAACCUGAUGAAGAUCAAAUAUCACCAGAAAUCCGGCCUUUAUUUGAAAAAGUUCAGAUCUGCCUCGUGAAUAUACUGUGUAAAGGACUAUCCGCUCUGAGACAAUUUUCUCCGGAUUUAACAUACCUAGUAACAGAAAAUAACAUUGAACAAUUAGACCGUAAGCCAAUGUUAUUAUUAUCAUAUAAUGCACCUGCGGCAGAAGACGAUGGCCCUGUAUCAUUUGGAGCAAUGCUAGCUUGUCAAACUAUGGCUCUAACACUAUUGAAUAAGGGAAAUUUCCUGAACGGAGUCAGCCGUUAUUUCACUCGUGGAGGAUCUCAUUCUUCUCCUCGACAUCCGGACGUUUCAAUGUCAUCAUCAAAUAAUAAUUUAUCAUUAUCAUUUUCUACUACACCCAAUAAAGACGACAGUGUAAAUAAUAGUAAGACCUGGAUGACUAACAGUAGUGGACAGUCUCCUCGUAAACUUGCAUACAGUUCUGUUCUGUUAUUUCCAUCCGGUGAUCAACGACAACAAAAAUCGACUAUGUUAAAUGAAUUAAGCUUAAGAUUGAUACAUUGUUAUAAGCAUACAAUUGCCCAAUUGUCGAUAACCGUCGGUAAAAAAUUUCCCGAUGAAUGGUGA